AUGGUGAAGAGCAGGGGUGAUACACAUAGAGAACGACUUCAAGGUUUUGUUAUUAAGACAUAUGAUGAAAAAAAUGAAAUCGGAUUCUACAAAGAUACAAGUAGUUUAAAUAAUGUAUUGAUAUAUUAUGUCAUUCUAACUGGAAGAGUGAAUAAUGCAGUAAACUUAAUCUCAAUAAGUAUUAAUGGACAAGACAUUUUUCUCACUUUGUGUGAAGUGGAGGCAUAUGGAGAGUGUCCUGCGGGUAAAUGGAGUCUACCCUGUAGUAAACAAUGUUCUGCUUUAUGUCCUGACACCUGUGAAAGAGACACUGGAAAAUGCAACACUGUAUGUAUUGGAUACAGUAACCCACCGCAGUGUGAUACAGCCUGCUCUAGUGGCAAGUGGGGCAUAAAUUGUCGCCAUACCUGCAGUGAUAGAUGUGAAGGCACGUGUAACGCUAAAACUGGACAGUGUGACCAAGGAUGUAAAGGAUAUAUUGACCCACCUCUCUGUAAAACUGCCUGUACCUCUAUCACAUGGGGUACCAAUUGCAGUUCCAACUGUAGCGAACAUUGUUACAACUCCACGUGCAACUCACUUAAUGGAAACUGUAUCUAUGGAUGCAAGCCUGGAUUUCAAAAGGCAGACUGCACAGAAAACUGCCCUAAAGGACAAUGGGGACAAAACUGUUCUAGUGCAUGUAACGAAAACUGUUACGACGGAAGGUGUAACAAUGUGAAUGGCAGCUGUGUUUUCGGCUGUAUUGAUGGGUUUCAGCUUCCAAACUGUACAAUGAAAUGUUUCAGAGGAACUUACGGAAGAAACUGUUCAUCAAAUUGCUCGAGUACCUGUGAGAAUGGUGAAUGUGAUCCAGUCAAUGGGGCUUGCGGGUUAAUGGCCACAGAUGAUAGCUCCGGUACAUCUACGGCUAUAGGUAUCGUGCUGGCUUUACUAGUUGUGAUACUAAUUGUGAUUGCAAUUAUCAUGUUCAGAAGGAAGAAAAGAUUGCAACAAGGAAACUUAUCUGCCCUUGAAAGAUUAAGUAAAGAAAAUUUGGCGUCUGCUGAAAUUGUAAACGCAGAAACAAAGAUAGAUACAAUAAAGAAUGAAAUUGAGAAUCAAAAGAUCCCAGUUGAAGAAGAGCAGCCCUACAACGAAGUGGUCGAGGUGGAAGACACUUCCAUAAAAGUGGAGUACUUUAACUCUUUCAUGGCUUCCAAAAAUGAAAACUUCUUCCUCAAACAGUUCGAGAAAAUUCCAGAAGUCAAUAAUGUUACUCAACAUGUUGGUUUAAAUCCAGAAAAUAAAAUUAAAAACAGAUAUAAAAAUAUUUGUCCUUAUGAUCAUUCAAGAGUACAUCUGGCAACAGAUCCAGACAAGAAAGAUUCAGAUUAUAUCAAUGCCUCCUAUAUAAGAGGUUUCAAAAAUGAGAUAAAAUUUAUUGCUGCUCAAGGUCCCCAGAAAGCGACGUUGAAUGAUUUCGUCAAAAUGUUACUGGAACAAAAAGUCGAUGUGGUCGUGAUGUUGACGGAACUGGUGGAAGACACAAAGGUCAAAUGUGAAAGAUACUGGCCAGAAUCGGACAAAAUGAAAGCGGGACAAAUCAAAGUCAAGCUGGGCUCAACGCAAGUGUUCGCUGACUAUACGAUAAGAAACCUGGAGUUAUCGAAGAAAGGGGGAACUACUCAUUCCCUUACACAGAUUCAUUUUACAUCCUGGCCAGACAAGGGAGUUCCCUCAACACAGUGGAGUUUAGUGGAUGUGGAAAAUCACGUGAACUUUAUUAAGACUAACAAGCCAAUCGUAGUCCACUGUAGCGCUGGAGUUGGUAGAACUGGUACAUUCAUAGCUCUGUACAACAUCAUGAGGCAAGCAGAAGAGACUGGACUUGUAGAUUUUUUCAAAACUGUUUCCAAAUUAAGAGAAGACAGGAUCUUCAUGGUUCAAACACAUUCCCAGUACAUGUUUCUCCACGAAGCCGCCCAGGUCGCUAUCGUCUGCAUGAGAACCACACUCACCAUCCACGACUUCAAUGACAGGCUGAAACUGUUAGAACAGAAUCAUUUAGGAAAAACCAAAUUAGAAUCAGAAUUUAAGGGUCUCAGCGAGAUAUUUGAUCAUCAAAUGAAAGACGACGACAAAGAUGAAACUGACGACAAUGUUUAUCAAAAUUCAGAUUUGGGAAAUGUUGACCAGGACAAGGAAAAAUCUCAUCUUGUAUAUCUGCCAGGCUACAAAGAAAAAGUGCAGUUCAUUUUAGCGAAGCUGCCAACGACGUCAAAUGAAGCGAAAGAAUUCUGGAAGCUGGUUGCUACAUACAACAUCUCACUUAUUGUUGCUAUUCAGGAAGACUCUGAUACAUUGAAUUAUCUGCCUAAUAUGAAGGAUGACCAGCCAGUUCACUCCCCUUACGAGCUGAAGUCCAUAUAUUUCAACAAAAACAAACUGUGGGAGGAGAGAAGACUGACCAUUCAGACUCCGAAAGUGACCAAAACAUCGACGGUUGAUCGAGAUGAGACUGAUGCAAUCACUCACUUGAGUUGCGUCCCUUGUGUAAUGGAUUCUAAGAAUCUGUUGAAGAUCAUCAAGAGAUGCAGAGAGUGCCAAUCAAAGUCUUUCGGAAAAGUUAUUUUCAUGUGCAAAAAUGGUGUUACAUGGAGUGGCUUUAUGGCAGUUCUGUCGCUUCUGUUAGACAGGUUAGACAAUGAAUCCUACCUGUCCAUUCCUCUGGUAGUUGGCACCAUCAGGUCACUAGAACCCAGAAUUAUAUCCAAAUUUGAACAGUACAGAACCUUGUAUCAAACAAUUGGGAGACACAUAGAGACAAGCACCCAGUACACCAAUAUGGACAGGUCACGUUAUCAAACGCUGGACAACAAGCAAGAGAACUCUGUUCAGGACAAGGGAGAUAACAACAUUAAUACCAAGGAAGGGAAUGAAUACCAUAACCUUGAUGAACUCGUGUAUGCAAAUACUGCGUAAAUAGAAUGAAAAUCCAAUGUAUGUGUGUCUAGUUUCAUACAUGUAAAAGUAUUACUGUAAAUACACUUUACACAAAUAUAUAAAAAUCCACAUUGAGGGGAAAAAAUUACUUUAAGUUUUAAAUUAUACAUUCUAAUUACAUACUUUUGAAAGCCAAUUUUGCGUUAACAGGUUCUACAGUAGACAUAAAUCUGAAUGUUGUACAC